AUGGGGAGUCUUCUGGCUGACGGCAUGGGUGCUCUGAUGUCUAUAUACGGGGCGGGGAGUGGGGCAAUACGUGAUCCAGAAGUGGGAAAGGAAUGGCCUGGAGCCACCAACAGCACACACCAGAGUGAUAGUGCGAUAGGGGAUUUACUAGUCAGGAAGGGGGGACGAAGGAGCUACGGGGUCGAUGACGGCGGGCAGUCGGGGUGCCUGCGGCUGAGCCAGGCCGCUUCGGGCGCCAAACGCGCCCAAGACGCGCCCCGACCUCGCCAACGAGCCACUCGUUGCUGGGAUUUCCUUUCCGGAAUGAAUAGCGCGGCUGUCAUCGGCCGCCAGUUACGCCAACAGAAUAGGGCGCCAGGGCCCCUCGCUGUGCCGGGCAGACCUCGGGCGCCAUCCCAUGUGAACCUCGGACCCUUGCCUACUUCUGUGACUGGCGCCGCCAUCGGCUCAUCGCCUCACAAGGACAGCAAUGCCAACAAGGCACAGGACGACGAGGAUAAGCAACAUAGUCUAAUUCCCGCAUACGUGUCACUCGGCUGCGUGUGGAAGUUCGCCAAGGCUCUCACGCCGGGAGUGCUUUUAAUCGCCAUUGGGACGGCUAUGUGUGUAGUGGGUUUCCUUGCCGAGCAACUGUCGACCACUGUCAUCGUGAUUGACAACGUUAACAAUGAGACAAGCACCACGGUCAAUCGUUCGAUGGAGUACCAUCUGCACAACUUGUCAUUCGCUGGGCCUGCAAUCAUGGGCCUGGGCGGCAUCUGUAUUGUGGCCGCGUGUGUUCUAACCUUCGGAGUGAAAGACCACCACCACAGGGUAGUUCCUGUGGACGAAAAGAGACCGUCUAUUGGAGAGGCAUUAGUUCCGAUACUACCACUGCCGCCCAAGGGUAGGCGUAAACCGAAACCGCCCGUCGACGCACAGGCGGCCGCUGGUCAAACGCCGGACGCCGCCCCCACCGUCGCUGGGGGUAGCAACGCCGCCCCCGCCACAUUACGUAGCAACAGUAACGGCAGCAUCAGUGCGACGACGAUAAGACAGGCGAUAGCUGAUAAUAAUGAGACCAAUGAUUUAGUAGCGGCCACAGUAACUGCAGCGGCCCAUGGAGCCAAGGAUCCUUGGUCCUCGCCUCCAAUUAGUGGCGUCAAUGCUGCAAGCAACCCGCAUUGUCAUUCUAAUAACAUGAAUCAACUAAUAACUACGAAUAUUCAUAAUAGUACUACCACUAUCAUGCCCAUUACUAAUGCGACAAAUUCAAGCAGUAAUUCAUCGCCAACAACUGUGUUACCUGCCAUUAGUUCAAUGGUGUCGGCGUUCAGUUUGAACAGUAGUACUGCAAUUACGGCAAAAACAACAACAAUCCUAACGGGAAUACAUAGCCACAACGUGGAUAGCCAUAAUGACGACCGCAAAAAAAGCCCUUCGCCGCAGCUGGCCAGUUUGGCGGCUGAAUCCGAUGGUGCGUUUGCGGAAUACCCAGACCCGGUACAUCCGGACUACCGCGCCUAUCCCGACUAUCCGGAACGAUAUCUCGCGGACUCGGCACAGUCGGCCGCGGUGCUCGGCGACACGGGCUCCGGAUCAGGCUGUUCCACUCCGGCGUCAAAUCUGUCGCUACCCCCGAUCCUCGGCUCCUCGGGAGUGUGGACCUGCUCGAUCAGCGGUAACGUGGGUGCCGGUGGCAUAGGUGGCGCAAUCGGCAGCGGUCUACCCCAGUCGGCCAGCCCGCACAACAGCUAUAACGCUGUGAGCGCCAGCGGAGCUGGGAGUACACCAAGCGUCAAUCAUCCAUCAUUAGGGCAUCAACAAUAUCGCCAUUACGGCGGCGGUUACCACAGCUACAAUACACAUCUCCCCGGGCUGUCGUCGGGAGGCGCCGGCCGGAGCUCGCAUGUCGCAGGUCAGGCUUCGCCGUAUAGUAGCAGCAACAGCAGCAGCAAUUACAGCGGCGCUCCACCGAGUUCUUUAAGCUUCGCUCCGUUGCACAUGCGAACAGGGGCUACUCCCCCAUUCAAGAUGCGCCCCGCUCCGUCGCUCUCAACAUCUUCGACUUGCACGAAUUUUCUUCUUAGUCCCCAGUACGAGGCGACGUUUAUACCUUCGCCCACGGAUCUGCAAAUACUUGACCCGGACGGCUGUGACACGCCUUCGUCGUCUAAGUCAUUCUACAUGAGUCGAUCGGCCUCCGCGUCCUCGGGCCUCCAUCUCGACAUGUACCUCAGCCGAUUGCCGGUUUCACUGCGGAUGCAGCUGUCCUCCAAGUUGUUCGCCUCGAUGGAAAGUGAUGGACUGUCGUCGAUAUCAACCAGUGACAACGACCUGGCCGCAAGCAAUAACACUGCUGACGUCAUCGUGUUACGGGAUUUUUCUAAGGGAGGUAUUAAACGGACUUCGUUUAAUAGCUCGGUAAAUAAGGUGGGCAGCAGCAAAGCCACGAGCACUGAGGACUCGCAAGAAGUAACCCCGUUGCUGGCAGAUGAUGACUCUCCAGCGACGGCCGAUUCGACGCCAGGAAGUCUCGGAGGAGGAAUCCCGGUCGGGAGCCGCGGAGUUCCCCUGUUACCAAUAGCUGCCAUCGGACUGGGUGCACCUUGUGGUGGACACAGCGGAGGUGCCAGCAGCUAUCAAAGCAAGCCCAGUGAAGUAUUGCGGUCUUCAGUAAGUGGGUCCACAGAGCUCGGCGACGUAACGACAUCGACUGGCGUAUUGACGCCUACAUUAACGCCUGGAAUACCUGAACAACAGGAACAGAUAUCACAUCCUCUUCAGCAUCCACUCCAACAAAUCAGUCAGCCACUGACGCAACUGCAGAGCAACAAUUCGUCGUCUACAUCAUCUUUCGACGGACGUUUUCCCCUGUUACGCCAAGCUGCCACCGAAAGCUCUCGGACCCUUAAUGGCAAGCUGCCAUCGGCUACUGCCCCAUCCCAUCAAACGAUCAACGAACCCAACCAGAUCAAUCAAUUGUUCUCAAACAACCAAGCUAACAGUCAAACAAACUCCUGCAUGUCGAACUUGCUGGAAGAGAGUUCGCCGGUGUUUGCAGUGGCACCAAGUAGCGGAGUAGGUGUCAGUGCAGCCGUUGGCGGCGGGGGACGAUCCGUCUCGCCCCUGAUGUGCGCAUCGUUGACCGCUAUGCGAACUGAAACAAUCGACGGAAUAAGCCCGAAUGCGGCGAGCUCAAUGACAGCCAGCUCAGUAGGAGCGAGCCAGUCAAUGUCUUCGACGGCCGUUGGGCAUCCAUCUUCAGGUAGCACGAACAACAAUAGCAGUGGAAGCGGUAUCAAUACGUCUGCUAACACCACCAACGACAAUAACAGCUCGAGUAACAGCACAAGCUCGACUAGAAACAGCAGCGGCCAUGCGCUACACAACGUGCCCAGCUGA